GGAGGUUACAUUUGGGAUUUCACUGUUACUUUUGGUUGACUAGAUUGCCCAAUAAAUAUUUCCGCAGAAAGGGCCGUUACAGCCGUCAUUUUUCUUGUCUGAAGUCUGAAAGAGAAGACGAAGAAGACUUGAAAUUGUUUAGCAAGCAGGAGAGAGACAGAGAGAGAAGAGCUUUGACUCUUAUUCUUCUUCACUCGCAGUGAUGGCAGGUUGGGGCAGAUAGCUUCAACCAUUGCUCUUUCAGGAGAAAAUUUAAUGUUGGGGAAAAGAGUCAUUGCUCCAGGGCAAAGGAUUACAUGGUGAUGACAAGAAGGCUGAGUCUGAACUAAAAAUUUCAUCAUCUUAUAUGGUGCUGUCACUAAAAAUUUCAUCAUCUUAUAUGGUGCUGUCAAUUAACAUAUCUCUCAGGCAGGUGCACUCGGGAAAAAUGGUCAUUUCUCUUGGAAAAUGUGGUGUCGGUGGAUCAGGCCUGUGCAUUUUGCCCUGGCCUUGUGGACCUGGAAAAUUCCUGGAGAGAACACCUGGAGUUUGGCACUAGAUCCCUCUACUAAAGUACAUCCAAGUGCCUUCAUCAUCACUGAAGCAAUUGGAGUUAUCAAUCAGAGCAGCUGAAACUGGAAACAAGCUGUAGCCCAUUUCCAGUUCGAGUACCUGGAGUUUCAGAAGCUCAACACUUCAACUUCUUUGUACUUUGUCGCAAUAUUAUCUGCAAGUUUUGCACCUUAUGAUGGGCCAUUCAUUUAUGCCCUCCCUCCGAUAAUUUUUUGUUUUCUGGCAUUGAUUUUUAUGCCCACUGAAGUAGAUUUACAUGGAAAGAGAACUCAUAAUUUUAUAAUGGAACAUUCAAAAAGUUGUAAAGAAUUGCUGUAUGAUUCCCUGCAAUAUGGAAGUGAUCAAUCUGCUUCCCUGGGAUUUGUGUUGGAUUCUACGAGCAGCAUAAAUACUAAUACAAGACCUCCAGAAUUAGGUAUAUUAGACGUUAAACCUGUACUUAAUUACUCCAUACAGACGGGUGAGGAGUUUGCUCUUGAAUUUAUGCGUGAUCGUGUGAAUACCAGGAAAGCUUUUAUUCCAAAUAAUGCUGGCGAACACAACAAUUAUGCAACAGGCUACAUGGAUCUCAGAGGCAUUUUGGGUAACGGUUAUACCGGGUCUGACGGUGGAUCAGAUAUUUCAGUGUCGACCAUAGUAGAAAAAGGUUUGAAAGAAUUUGAGGGAAAAAACUCUUUAUAUGAAGACCGAAGUAACCAUGACCCUAUGCAAUCAGUAGAACAAAAUUCUUCAGGCAAUGGAAGUGGUCGAGGAGAUGCUCAUGGGUAUGACUCUUCUCGAGCAUGUCAUAGUUUUCUUACAAAAAUGAAGAUUCUCUGCAGCUUUGGAGGGAAAAUUCUACCACGGCCAAGUGAUGGGAAGCUCAGGUAUGUUGGCGGUGAAACACACAUCAUAUGCAUUAGCAAGAAUAUUUCCUGGGAUGAGCUUAAGCAGAAAACAUUAACAAUUUUUAACCAAGCUCGUACAAUUAAAUAUCAGCUCCCUGGGGAGGAUCUCGAUGCCUUGGUUUCUGUGUCCUGUCAUGAGGACCUUCAAAAUAUGAUGGAAGAAUGCAACACACUUGAGGAGACAGAAGGAUCAACUAAACUCAGGAUGUUUCUGUUCUCCAGAAGUGAUUUGGAUGAUGCUUAUCAUGGUCUGGGGAGCCUGGAUGGUGAUUCUGAAGUACAGUAUGUUGUUGCUGUGAAUGGCAUGGACAUCGGAUCCAGAGAAAACUCUACUCUGCAUGGUUUGGCUAAAUCUUCAGCAAGUAAUUUAGAUGAGUUAGAUGGACAGUCUAUUGAGGGGGGGACAGGUAAAGCUGCAACAGACUCAGUUGGGACUAGUACUUCACCCUUCACAGGAAAUUUUGUUGCAUCAUCAAUUCAACCUACUCGAUUGACUCUACCAGGUUCAUCCAAUGCCUAUGAAAACCAUGCAAAAUUUCGUCAUGACCAGGUGAUUCAUCAUGGUAAGCCUCCUGGCAAAAGUUCUGUUUCGAUGCCUAUUUGUGGGAAUUUAACUGAAGGGCAUGCAUUCCCUGGCUUAGAUGUUGAGGAUCCUGAAAUGCUAGUGAAAAAGGUGAAACUGAAAAGUGAUGGUUCAGUUCAACCUGCGUGUCACCGUGAAACACUUAGUCUCUCACAAAAUGAUUAUGUUGCGCCAUUGGAGCCUAAGACAUAUGAUGGUGAAGUGAUGAGAUAUGUUCCAGUUGAAGAAGCAACUGUUGCUGUUUCUGUGCCUGGAAAUGAGAGAAAACACCAAGAACAUGUGCAGACUUCUUUGUACCCUGAUGUUAAUCCAAUUCAAGGUCCCAUAUGUAAUGAAGAUGACCAUUGUCAUACAUUUAGUAGUGCAUUUGCUCGUGGACAUGCUGACUCUGAGUCUGAUCCAAUUGAUUUGAGCUACCUUGAGCCACCUGCACUUCCUCAAAGAGUCUUUAAUUCUGAGAGAAUUCCUCGAGAGCAAUCAGCAUUGCUUAACCGUUUAUCAAAGUCUGAUGAUUCACUUGGUUCUCAGCUUCUCCUGUCUCACUCACAUCCUGAUACUAUGGCACAUGAUCCAAUCAACCAAUCCACUGAAAAAUUGCACAAUGGAAAUCAAGCUCCUCAAAAUGAGCAAUUCAUGUCAACUGCAAAGCCACUUUAUAUGGAGUCUCUAACAAUUGAUGAUGGACUGGCACAGCUUCAAAAGUACAGAGUGUUUGCUGAUGCGAUAGGCCAGAAGAAUAAAAAGCUUUCUGCAGAUGAGUCAGAGUUUGACUGGAAGCAGAAAGUCCCAAACAUUUUAUGUUGUAAAGAUGCUGCGAAUGAGGGUCAAAAUCAAAAGGCUGACUUUGAAAUGACCUCUGUUGACUUUAAAAAUUUACAUGUUGAGUUAACAGCAGAAGCUAAACCAGAAGUUCCUGUGGUGAGUGAAGCAACUUCUCUGAAACAUGAUGACAAUAAUUCAUCUUGGCUUCCAGAGCCUAACUGGGAUGAAAUGGUGGGCAAGGAUUCUUGUGAUGAGAAUCAGGGGCAUGUUCAAACUUUUGCUUGGGUGGAGAGCUCAAUGAUGGAUGCUUCUGAGGGUGAAAUUUCUCAUGCGAUUCCCAGUACAAAGCAGGGAGAUAUUCUUAUUGAUAUUAAUGACCGAUUCCCUCGUGAUUUCCUUUCUGACAUUUUCUCCAAAGAAGUACUCUCUGAGGAUUCCUCUGGAACUAGCGUGCUGCACAAAGAUGGAGUUGCAUUAAGCUUGAACAUGGAAAACCAUGAACCCCAGCACUGGUCAUUUUUCCAGAAAUUGGCGCAAGAUGGGAAUGUUUCUCUUAUUGAUCAGAAUCAUAUUGAUUUUUCAUCUGGACAGACACAGGUUGACGAGGUAUCUCCUGGAUCUUAUCAUGUUACACCUUUAAUGGGAGAGCUAGUUCCCACAAGCCAUGUGGGUUCUCAGACUAAUUUUAGUGAAGACAAUCACAAAGAACUGCCUGCUACAAUGGGAGCAGAUUCCAUAGUUUUGCAUUCACAUUACAAUCGUUCCAUGGUGAAAGGAACUGAAAGUAUGGAGUUUGAUGGUAUGUCGGAGAACUUAGGAACACACAUGGAGCAUGAGGAUGGGAAGUUUUUCAAGAAUAUUGGUUUACCUCCUCUUGAUCCUUCUUUGGAAGAUCUUGAUAUCAACACUUUGCAGCAGGUUAUAAAGAAUGACGAUCUUGAAGAGCUGAAGGAAUUGGGCUCUGGAACAUUUGGGACUGUUUAUCAUGAAAAAUGGAGGGGUACAGAUGUUGCCAUCAAACGAAUAAAGAAGAGCUGCUUCACUGGUCGAUCAUCAGAGCAAGAGAGAUUGACCAUAGAGUUUUGGCGAGAAGCUGAUAUUCUGUCUAAACUUCACCAUCCAAAUGUGGUUGCAUUUUACGGUGUUGUGCAAGAUGAACUGGGAGAAACAUUAGCAACUGUGACAGAGUACAUGGUUGAUGGUUCUCUUAGGCGUGUUUUGCUUUGCAAGGAUCGGUAUCUUGAUUGUCGCAAGCGACUCAUAAUUGCCAUGGAUGCAGCUUUUGGAAUGGAAUAUUUGCAUUCGAAGAAUAUUGUGCAUUUUGAUCUUAAAUGUGACAACUUGCUCGUAAACAUGAAAGAUCCUUUACGGCCUAUUUGCAAGGUAGGUGACUUUGGCCUGUCUAAAAUUAAGCGAAAUACCUUGGUUUCUGGUGGCGUAAGAGGCACCCUGCCGUGGAUGGCUCCAGAGCUGCUGAAUGGCAGCAGCAUUAAGGUGUCUGAAAAGGUUGACGUGUUUUCCUUUGGUAUUGUCUUAUGGGAGAUUCUCACUGGAGAGGAGCCUUAUGCCAAUAUGCACUAUGGUGCAAUCAUAGGGGGCAUUGUAAGUAACACAUUGAGACCGACAAUUCCAAGCUUCUGUGAUACUGAGUGGAGAAUACUAAUGGAGCAGUGCUGGGACCCUAACCCUGCAGCCAGGCCAUCCUUCACUGAAAUUGCCCGCCGCUUACGUGAAAUGUCCGUAGCUACCCACAUAAAACCAUCAUGUCACAAGGCAUCCAAGUAGUUGUCUAAUCAUUUCUCAUCUAUGCCAUUUCUGUGUUCAGUCGUCACGUAAUAGAUUUAUUCAUUCAAUUGUUCACUUAAUAAUAAUAAUACUAGUUAAAAAGAAAACAGUUUGUAUUGGCACUAGGGAGAAUUGUUCCCUAUAAAUAUUUUCAUGAUGGGAAGGUUUUCCUAAAAUAAUCUCUAAUAUCAUUUUCUUGUGGUUGCAAAGACUGAUGUUCAUGAUAUCUUAUUGUAAUUUUUACCAAAUUGCAA